CAAACGAUAACACUACUCUUCCAACAUGGCUGUAACCGCCUUUCCUUCUCUCGGAGAUUCUCCCGAUCUCACCCUCCUCAAUGCAGCCCGCCUCUUCACACGCCUCGAACACAAUCUCCUAUCACCAGGCACAGAGCUCCGCACCCUACGCGGGUCCGAGUUUCAGCGCAUGCGCGUAACUAAGAAUAUCGAAUACGCACGCACCCUCCUCUCACAACUAGAACGAUCUCUCCCCCAAUUGAAAUCGCCAGACCGGCGCCAUGAGGCACAGGAAGAGCUCGUGCGCGACAGACAACUUCUAAAGCGCAUGCAAGCCGUGCUAGACGAAGAAGAAACACGGGCCAACGAGAACAACGAAAGCGAGGAUGUCGACGCAGAAUGGGACGAAUUAUUCGCAAAGCCGCUUGCUGAAACAAGCACAAAAGGCGAAUCACAAGACGAACCCAUAUAUAUCAAAUCCGAAGAGAAAAUUAUCGAACCCGCAACCACAUCCGUACCUUUAUCCACAGCCGCACCGCCUACAGCGACAGCACCACCAGCCCUCCGAAACAGAUUAAAUCAAAAACCACUAUCAACAACCGACUCUGCCAAAGCAUCUGGAAGCAGUACACACAAGAACGAAAAGGAGCAAGCGCUAAGUACCCACCGUCUCGAACAGGAGGAUCUGACUAGCUCGCUCGUUUCGCUUGCUAGUCAGCUGAAGGCUUCCUCGCAGUCUUUCCAGGCUACGUUGGAAAAUGAGAAGUCUGUGCUCGAUCGGGCGGUGACCGGGAUGGAUAAGACUAGUGCGACUAUGGAGGCUGCGGGGAAGAGGAUGGGCAUGUUGAGGAAAAUGUCUGAGGGGAAGGGCUGGUGGGGGGAGAAUGAUGCUUUAUGCGUGGAUUUUUGGGUUAUGGGUUGUUGCGAUUUUGAUUGUUUAUGUUUUGCCCAAGUUUAG